AUGGUAGUAACAUUGCAACAGAGAUAUGUGUCUUUUCGCAUUGUUUCUCUCCCUUUUUUCUAUAAACCUUCUUUUCUGUCCGAGCUUAGUUCCUCUUCUCUCUUUCCCUUUCUCUCUCUUCUAUCCAUAAGCUUUCCUCUCUGUCCUAGCAUCUUUCUCUUCUUUCUUUCCCUUUCUCUCUAUAAACCUUCCUCUAUGUCCCAGUAUCGUUUCUCUUCUCUCUUUCCAUUUCUCUGGAUGCUCUCUAUAAACCUUCCUCUCUGUCCUAGCUUAUUUCUCUUCUUUCUUUCCAUUUCUCUUUAUAAACCUUCCUCUCUGUCCCAGCUUCGUAUCUCUUCUCUCCUUCCAUUCCUCUCUCUUCACUCCUUAAACCUUCCUCUCUCUCUCCCAGCUUCGUUUCUCUUCUCUCUUUCCAUUUCUCUGGAUGCUCUCUAUACCCCUUCCUCUCAGUACUUCAUUGUCCUUCUAUUUUUCUUCUCUCUUUUUACUUCUCUCCGUUGUCUGUAUAAGCUUUUCUCUCUGUCCUUCUCGCAUAGUUUCUCUUCUCUCUUUCCACUUCUCUCGCUUUUCUCUAUAACCCUUUCUCUCUGUCCUUCUCGCGUAGUUUCUCUUCUCUCUUUCCAUUUCUCCAGCUUCUCUCAAUAA